UCAAUCCCGCACGGGCACUUUAUAUCGUAUAUCAUUCGUGCAUUCUUUUGAUUUACCUGCAGUUUCGUGGCCCGAAUAAUGAAAACAAUUAGAUCAAUCAUUUCGAUUUCACAUUGAGCAACUAAACAGGCCCCACAUCAAGUCAUCGUUGUGAACUUCAGGUGCUCGGCGAUUGCCUGCCGCUCCGUCCGGACUUUCACUUUUACAUUUCGCACAAAAAGAACAACAACAACACAAGUAGCAGCAGCGCAGCAACAGCAACAGCAACAAAAGACGAAGAGCAAAGAGCCGAGGCAGCAUGAGUGUGGAAAAUACCAGAGCGGACAGCAGGCCACAGAGUGCAGUGAGAAUCGGUUAGACGCGAGGGACCCAUUCGGAGCGGAAUCCCAGCCAGAAUCAUCGCAUCGCGCACGGCAAAGGCGAAGCAAAAUAACAACAAACCAACAGCACUAGUGGGCCAGCGUGUGAGCGUGUGCGGUGCCUGCGUGUGUGUGUGCCUGCUCCAGCGAGAGUGUGUGCGUGAGUACGUUUCAGCUGUCCAAGAAGAGGCCGAAAUUUUGUGUGUGUACGUGGUCCGUGGCCUCUGAAUUGGGUCAGCGAAAAUCCAAUUAUGGAGGGCAGGACACAAGUGAACCAACAGCAGCAGCAACAGAGGAGUCGCCUGCCCUCGUCGCCAAGUCCUCCGCUCACCGUGAACCUUAGUGGCGGCCCCAAUGCGAAUAGCAACAGCACCUUAAUGGGCCUGGAGCAGGAACAGCCUCAGUCUCAAGUGGGCAGGAACAACAACAAUGGUGGAGGAGGAGGCCACCAUCGCAGUCACAGCAUCACAAAUGCGGCGGCCACGUCUUUUGUGAAUCUCCUGGACGGCUUCACAGCCCGUGUUUCGACGGCGGUAAGUGUGGCUGGCGGAACGAGCUCCAACAUGCUGAUGGACCGCAGCAUCCAGAGCGCCGGCAGCACGCCUGGCUCCACGCAUUCAAUCGCCAGCCUGACCAGCAUGGGAUCGCUGGGUACGACAGCCAAUGCACUGUACUCCUCCAUAGGCAGUGCCCUCAACUCGAUCACCUCACCUAUUACAGCAGCUGCCGCGGCAGCCACAGCCACAACUACAGAGGUGGUGGUAGCCGCCGCCUCGGUGAUCACUAACCAUCUAAGCUCACCCACGAGUGGCACUCCGCCACACGGCCUAGAUGGCGACGAGGGCGACGAUGAUUGCGACGAUUGCGAGGAGGACGAGGACGAUGACGGCGUAGACAAUGACGGACACAUUGCGGCACCCACGCCUAACAAAAGUUGGGCGGAAAACAAGCAGGUGGUGCAGGAAAUGCGCAAGAAGAUGUGCAACCUAUCGUCGAUGGUGCCCACCAACGUGCAGUUCCGCCACCUGUCCGACGGCCGUGCACGGUGCUACUUCCUGGGCACUCCGCCCCAGAGUUGGGAGACAACGCUGCUCUUUGCGGACAUCAAUUUGCUGCAGACCGAGGAACAGCAGUUGGUGGUGCAGCGCCUGGAGGGCGAGUCUGGUGCUGGGAGCCCAACUCUAAGUGCAGGAUCACCAACUAGCAGCAGCAGUCAGCAUGGAGCUUUCCAUUUCGGAACGCUGGUCAAGCCUCGCCUAUCUUGGAGCCCAUUGUUGCAGCAGCCUAUUCAAAGCAGUGGUGGAAGCAGCGGCAGUGGCUCUGCCAGUCCCUAUGCUCGCGAAUUCCAGUUGCUGCAAGAGCGCAAGCGGCUGUCCACCUGGGGCAUCACCUGCUACGAAUUGCACAAGCCCUCGGGCAAGCUGGUCUUUGCCUGCUUCAACGACCUCUACCAGUGUCUGGACACUGGCUAUAAUUCUGGACUGCUGUUUCCCACACAACUGCGCACCUGUCCACAAUGGACAGCGCUUGAUCCACAGAUUUGCCCGCAGAACUCCGACAUGAUAGCCUACAUCAGCGACUGUGACCUGUUUGUCACCCACACGUUGAGCGGGCACGAGAAGCGACUCACAUACACGAGCAGCGGAAGGCACUCUUAUCCAGACGACGCUCUAAGCGCCGGCGUGCCUUCGUAUGUAAUGCAAGAGGAGUUUAGCCGAUAUCAGGGCUUCUGGUGGCAACCGCACUCCGACGACGGCAUCUAUCGUAUCGUGUAUGAGGAGGUGGACGAAACUGAGGUCUCCCUUUACACGUUCCCCUCGUCGACGGCCGUUCAUGGUAGAGUGGACGAGUACCGUUUUCCGCGCACCGGCAGUCCCAACGCCAAGUCUAAGCUCAAGCUAGUCCAGUUUGUUUUAAAUGAGGCGCUGCAAAUAAGCGAGAUUGCCAUAAAGGACCUUCCGUACUCACUCCUGGCAGUCUUCAACUGGCUGGAGUACAUAGUGCGUGUCGGCUGGACACCGGAUGCCAAUUAUGUUUGGGUGCAGGGUUUGGACAGGAAGCAACAGCGGUUGGAUGUAAUCCUUAUACCGCUGGAUAACUUCUGCGAGUCGUACAGCAGCCAAGUGUCGACGCCAACAGACUCCAUAGGCGAUCAUAGCUGGCGCAGUCUUUACAGCCGCACGAUCACACCGCUGCAAGUGAUCUACACGGAACACUCAGAGAGCUGGAUAAAUGUGCACGAUAUGCUUCACUUUUUGGAGCUGACUGAUACAAGUGUCACCUUCCUUUGGGCCUCUGAGGAGACAGGUUUCCGACAUCUCUAUCUAGUCACCGCCAGCCUACUGCUAAACCAUGCGAACGGCCAGUCAGAGGCGGGAUCGGCCUCAGCUCAGCCCAGCUUCGUUGAGCAGUCGGCAUUGCAGCCACGAAUUCUCAACAAGGUUGCUCUUACCAGCGGCGAAUGGGAGGUGCUGGCCAGAAGCCUCUGGGUGGACAAAGCCAACCAGCUAGUAUACUUUGUUGGACUGCGCGACACCCCUUUAGAGAAGCACCUGUAUGUGGUCAGUCUGCAACGGCCGGAGCACAUUCGCCUGCUAACAGAGCCCGGAUACUCUUAUCUUGUAGAGUUCGAUGAUCAAUGCCAGCUAAUGCUGCUGGUUUACUGCAACAUUCAGAGGCUGCCUAGUUGCAAGGUGAUGCGUGUGAACCAAACAUGUCAAAACGGUGGGGUCAACGGCAUCCAAAUUUCAUUGGUGGGCUAUCUGCACGAAGGUGGUAAGCCGGAGCCGCAGUACUGCCAGAUCUUUCGACCACAGCUACCGUCUGGCGAUAUCGUAUACGCCAUGGUCUUCAAGCCGCACAACUUCCAGCUGGGAGUCAAGUAUCCUACGGUGCUCAAUGUUUACGGAGGACCUGAGGUGCAGACCGUAAACAAUACUUUUAAGGGCAAGCAUCAACUGCGCAUGCAUAUGCUGGCCGCUCAGGGCUACUGCGUUAUCUGCAUUGACUCUCGCGGAUCACGCCAUCGUGGCAAAAGAUUCGAGAGCCACAUUCGCGGACGGAUGGGUCAAGUGGAACUGACCGAUCAAGUGGACGCUCUGCGCAUUUUGGCCGACCAGCUGGGCUACAUUGACAUGGAUCGCGUGGCUAUACAUGGCUGGUCCUAUGGUGGCUACCUAAGUCUAAUGGGCUUAGUUCAGUAUCCAAAGAUCUUCAAGGUGGCCAUUGCCGGGGCGCCCGUCACCAACUGGGAGUAUUACGACACGGGCUACACGGAGCGCUACAUGGAUCUGCCCCAGCACAAUGAGGCCGGCUACUCGGCCGGUUCGGUGCUCAAAUAUAUCAACUCAUUUCCCGAAGAGGACAACCGUCUGCUGCUCAUCCACGGCCUGAUCGACGAGAACGUGCAUUUCUACCACACUUCCCGUCUGAUCAGCGCCCUGAACAAGGCCAACAAGCCGUACGAUCUGCAUGUGUUCCCCGAGGAGCGACACUCGCUGCGUAAUCUGGAAUCGAAUAAAAAUUACGAAACGAAGCUUCUGUCCUUCUUGCAAAACUUAUGAGAUUCGUAAAUGUAAACAGGAGAAUGCAUGCUGGGGCAACAUUGCCCCGCCCGACUCUUUGAAAUAGUUUUCAAUACAUCAUUGUCUUUGUUUUUAUUUUCCAUUUUGUUGUUCGCGAACUUGUUUUUAUUAGAUA